AUGAGGGUCAAGCUUGAGCUCCUCAUGCCCCUGAUGGCGCAAUACAAAACACCCGCAUGGGCCACAUUGGUCGCCGGGUUCUUUGUGCUGCUUGCCCUUUCCCUCUCCAUGUACCUGAUAUUUGAGCAUCUAUCGGCAUACAACAACCCAGAGGAACAGAAAUUUGUUCUGGGUGUUAUUUUGAUGGUCCCUUGCUAUGCAAUUGAGUCGUAUGUUUCUUUGGUAGAUCCAAAUAUCACUGUUUACUGUGGCAUCUUGCGCGAGGGUUACGAAGCAUUAGCUAUGUACUGCUUUGGAAGAUAUAUCACUGCAUGUUUAGGUGGGGAAGAAAAAACGAUAGCCUUUUUGAAGAGGGAAGGCGGCUCAGAUUCUAGGCAACCCCUUUUGCAUCAUGCUUCCGAGAAAGGAAUUAUACACCAUCAUUUUCCCGUGAAUUAUAUUUUGAAACCCUGGCGAAUGGGGACGCGAUUUUACCAGAUUAUCAAAUUUGGAAUCUUCCAAUAUGUGAUUAUAAAGACACUCACAGCUAGCUUAUCUCUUUUUCUAGAAGCUUUUGGUGUAUAUUGUGAAGGUGAAUUCAAUUUACGAUGUGGAUACCCUUAUUUUGCUGCAAUCCUGAAUUUCAGUCAAUUUUGGGCCCUAUACUGUUUAGUAGAAUGGUACACAGCUACCAAGGACGAAUUGGCACAUAUAAAACCUCUGGCUAAGUUUCUUUCGUUCAAGUCAAUAGUAUUCUUGACUUGGUGGCAAGGGGUGGUGAUUGCAAUAAUGUAUUCUUUGGGCCUGCUUAGAAGUCCUUUAGCCCAGAGCUUGCAGUUAAAAUCAAGUAUUCAAGAUUUUAUUAUCUGCAUAGAGUAUCUGAUAGCAUCGUGUCUUCCUCCAGCACAGAUGGGCAUUGCGUCAGCUGUUCACCUCUAUGUGUUCCCUGCUAAACCCUAUGAGCUCUUAGUUAACCAGUCACCUGGAAACAUUUCAGUCCUUGGAGAUUACGCAUCCUCUGACCCUAUAGAUCCUGAAGAAGUCAAGGAGAGUAACCGGCCGAGCAAAAUGAAGCUUCCACAGUUCGAACCGGAUGAGAGAAGUGCAACAAACAUAAAAGAGAGUGUUCGCGACUUUGUGGUUGGCAGUGGGGAAUAUGUGAUCCAGGAUUUUAAGUUUACUGUUAACCAAGCAGUGCGGCCGGUGGAGAAGCGGUUUGAUAAACUGCUGAAAAAGAAAGACAAGUAUAAGAACACCCAGGAUGACAACUGGGUGAGUGCAGCAUCGCCAGAGAGACCGGUUCGUGGCAUCGAUGAUCCGCUAUUAAGCGGGAGCACAAGUGACAGCGGGGUCUUGAAGGGCAAAAAGCAACGUAGAGUUGUCAGCACAGUUGCUACCGCGGAUAGUUGGGGAGGUGGUGAUAAGACGCCUGAUGGCUACGAGAUAAGGGGCCGCCGCUGGGCAGUGAAGAAUUGA